AUGAGGGGGCUGCAGUGGAUAUCCCAUCAUGCCCCUGUGGCAGCACUUCGCGGGAGGUGUCUCAUCACCAUCUUACCUCUGACUCUCUUGUUGGCAUCAGUGCGAGUGAGUGGGCAGCUCAUAGGAAGCCCACUGGACUGCCAAAAGACGUGUGUGUGCGCCAGUAACAUAAUCAGCUGCUCCAGGAUGAACCUCACGCAUGUUCCCCUCGCUCUGCCUCGAUACACAGCUGUCCUGGACCUCAGCUUUAACUCCAUCAGCAGGCUACAGGCUGAGUGGACACCCAUUAAACUCAUGAGGCUGCACAGUCUGCUGCUCAGCAGCAACGGCCUCAACUUCCUGUCCUCUGAAGCGUUUGUUCACGUGACCAGGCUGCGUUACCUGGACCUUUCUUCCAACAGCCUCCGUCAGCUGGAUGAGUAUAUUUUUGAGCCACUGGAGUACCUGGAAGUCCUCCUGCUUUACAACAACCGCAUCUCUCAGAUUGAUCGCUCAGCCUUCUCAGGCCUUGUCAGCCUGCAGAGGCUCUACCUGAGCCAGAACCAGAUCUCACGCUUCCCCCUGGAGCUGGUGAAGGAACGUGGCCGACUGGAAAGUCUCAGACUGUUGGAUGUUUCCUCAAACCGGAUAAAAUCCUUGCCCCUCCAGGAGCUUCAGAUUCUGCCUGCCUGGCUCAAAAAUGGCCUGUACUUUCAUAACAACCCUCUGCCUUGCAGCUGUGAGCUGUAUGACGUGUUGGCAAGGUGGCGCCUCAGGGAGCUCAGCUCAGCCACUGACUUUAGUAGCAGCCAUACCUGUGUCUUACCAGGAGCACAAAAAGAGAGGAUGACCACUCUGGAUCUGGACAAGGCCUAUCUUAACUGCAGCGAGGUAAGAAUCAUGGGUGAGAAAGCGUAUCUGGACCAGUUCUUGGUUCUGGACUGUGACACCAGGCAGAGGGACAUGAAAAAGAGCUGGGAGCUGCCCGGAAACGUCCCAGUGACUCCAGAAUACAAGAUGGCUAUAGUACGUCCAGAUGGCGGCCUGCAGAUCGGGCCCCUGAAGGUGGAUGACUCUGGGGUCUACACCUGCUUUGCCACCAGCGACUCCUUAAAUGAGACACUCUAUGUAACUGUGGUGGUUUUCAACUCCACUUCAAGCGGUGGUUUGGAGAACCUCAAAACAGCCUACACCACCCUCGUAGCAUGCCUGGUGAGUGUGGUGAUGGUUCUCAUCUACCUGUACCUCACUCCUUGCCGCUGCCCCUGUUGUCCAGACCAGGAUCUAGAGAAAACUGACCCUGCAGACAGCCUCCAUUCUUCCACUGUCAGCAUCUCUCAGGCGCAUGAGGAGCCGGGACAGCAGGAGAGAGUGGAAGGAGGAGGAUUCCCCUACAGACAAGUGCCCUUCUUGCAACCCAAAGACCAGCUGGAGCAGAACGGACGGCUAAAUCCGAUAGGUGAGGAAGAUGAAGAGUGGCAGGGGGACGGCAGAGAGAGAAGAAGGUCUGACGCAGAGUCUGUCAGCUCUGUGUGCUCUGACACUCCCAUGGUGGUGUGA